AAGAGAGCAAAGCUAGCAAAUCUAAAGCGGAAACGAUAAUAAUUUCUAUAGAAGAUUUACCAAUCAUUUGAUAUCAGCAGGAGUGACUUGCAUUAAUAAAUAAAAUUACUAUAAUCAUAUUGUAAUAUGGCUUCUCAGCAGGCAGCAGCUACUGCUGGGAGCAGUUCCAACCCCCCUGCACAGGAAUUCAUUGUUCGUUUGGGGAGAGAGACCAAAUCUGAUAAAUUCAGUGUACUGAAAUUUGCAGAAAAUCUGAAAGUUGAUUUCACAAAAACAUCAAAUGUCAAAUUAGAACGACAAAAUAACUUCCGUGAGUUCAAACAAGCCAAUGAUAUGGAGGCGAUGCCCAAAUUUGGAGCUGGGAGUGAAUAUGGAAGAGAGCAAAAAGAUGAAGCACGGAGGAGAAAAUAUGGUAUCAUACGUAAGAAAUAUAAUCCUGAUGCUCAACCUUGGCUGUUGAAGAAUGGCAGUGGCAAAACUGCAAAGAAGUACAAAGGUAGUAGAGAAGGUGGGAUUUCUGACAAUGCCUCCUACUAUAUAUUCACCCAGUGUCCAGAUGGUGCAUUUGAGGCCCACCCUGUAGAUGAGUGGUACAACUUUACGCCAAUCAUCAAAUACAAGUACCUUGAUGCUGACGAGGCAGAGGAGGCAUUCAACAAGCGUGACAAAACAUUGAACUAUUUCAACAUCAUGUUAAAGAAGCGGUUGAAGGAUGACGAUGGUGCGGAUGAAGCAGAUGAAGAGGAAAAGAAAAUGAAAGGAAAAGGAAAAAAGAGUGAUUUUUGCCUCACUGACCUAGAUGAUGGUGUCCCUCUGUCAGGAGAUGACUUAGACAUGGAUGAUAGUGAUGAUGAAGGAGCGCCUAAGUCAAAAGAUAAGAAGAAAAAGAUUAAAGCCAGGAAGAAUGCCAAGCACACAGCUGAUGAUGAAGCUGUUGAGGAGAGUGAUGAAGGAGACUUUGAUGAGCGGGAGGUGGACUACAUGACAUCAGGAUCAUCAAGUGAUGAAGAUGAUUUGAAAGAAGAAGACAAGAAGAAGUAUGAUGAGACUGGAGUGGUUGAUGAAGAUGGACUCAGGAAGCUUAAUGAAUCAGAUGAGAGCGAGGAGGAGGAGGAAGAGAAAGAUAAGGACAAUGAUGAAGAUAACGAAAAGGAUGAAAGUGAAAAAGGAGAGAAAAAAUCUGAUAAAAAAGCCUCUGACACAGAAAGUAGUGGAUCAAGCUCUGACAGUGAAUCUGAGCCAGAAUCUGGUUUUGCAAAAGCUCUCUUCAUGCAGAAUCGUAAAAAGAAGUCAGGAGGAAGCAAAGAGAGCAGUAGAUCCAAUACACCAGUCCCCUCAGCUGACAAUGAAGACAAGAAAGGGAAGAAACGAAAGGCAGGUAGAGACAGUCCAGUGACUAAGAAAGCGAGACCAUCUACCCCAACUCCUACAUCAACAGUUGCAACAUCUGCUAUAACUACAGCUGCAACAACUGUGCCUAGUAAAAUAUCAACUACACCAACGCCUUCGGACGGUAUAUCUGAGGAGGCAGUAAGGAGAUAUCUCAUGCGUAAACCAAUGACUGUUGUAGACCUAGUGAAAAAAUUCAAGUCUAAAAAUCCUGGCCUGAACAAUGAUGACAUGGGCAAAGCCAUAGUACAGAUACUAAAGAAGGUUAAUCCGGAAAAGUCUAAACAUCAGGGCAAGCUGUACCUGUCUCUAAAAGCAACAUAGCAUUGAAUUCAGUUAGGGGAUUUACACUUCAUACAUAUUCAGAUCUCAGUGUAUUGGACAAAAAACUGUGGAAAAGUUCUUGAAUGGAUGGAAACAUUGAUUAAUUCAGCAAAAUAGUAAAAAUAGGUGCAACUAAAACUAGAUGGUUUUAGCUAUAUAGAUUAAUGCGGCAAUGAACAAAGUAUGUGAAAGAUACAGUACAUAUACCUGUCCUUAUUGCCUUAUAUUCUCAAGCACAAUGUCACAAAUAUAGCCAUUCGGAAAACAUAUUUCUGAAUUUUAAAUAUGGAGAUUUAAGUACAAGAUAAUGAAAUCUAACAGCUGAUUUGUCAACCAGGAUGUGACAGAUGCAACAUAGAACUUCCUGCCAAUGUCAAUGGCAACCAGAUUCCACCCUUGGCAAUGGACUUUGAAAAACAGUUGCCUCCUGGGCAAUGGAUUGAAUGCCAAUA